UGGCGGUCUGUAGUCCAUGGGGUCAAAAAGAGGCAGACACGACUGAGCAGCUGAGCAGGCAUGUGCCAGAUGUGGGACAGAUUGCCAUCAUUCUGCUGGUAUGCACACGACAGCCAUCUCCUUCUAGAAUUUUUGCCCCAUCUACCCCUCCAGCCACGCUUGAGAGGCCUUUUCUCCUCCAGGAUCCACAGACGUCCCUCUCUGACUUAAUUAGCGCCUUUCAACAUUCCAAGAGGGAAACAAGACAGUAUGUAAUUUAAAAAACCUGCUUCUGUUACAUUUCUGCUCAAGUAUUGUCUCUUUUCCAUGGUGUUUGGGAUUUCAGAAAUAAAAGCCAAGAUGAUCAGCAUGCCAUUGCUGCUGCACCCUGCCCUGUUCUUCCACUGGCCAGCGAACACAGGAUCUGCUACCCACUUGAAUGCAGAAGGGAAAGAGUGAAAUAAAGGGAGAAAAGAAAAAAAAAAUAAACAGGAACAGAUUAACAUCUUAAAAUAUCCUGCUACAUUUGAAAGAUGUGAGAGUUGAAUUCAUGGGUGGGGUUCUUCGGGGAAAAAGGAAUUGUUCUUGAAAAAACGAGGUCUGUGCUUUUGCAGAGACAGCAUUGCCCCUAGGUCCACAGAAGGCUCUGAUGUCAUCACUGAGGUCAGAGAAUCCUGCUGUGGGCCUGGCGACCUUUGAACCUUAACAGCCCUGCGCUGUGGAGAGCGCUGGGCAGUGCUGCUGCUUUAAGUGGUCCGAGUUCUUCAGCCACUUCGGAGACUUGACUGCUUUUACUCGAUUUAAUUAUCAAGUCAUUUCAGCGGGUCUCCGGAGAGCCAAGAAGGGCCAACCUGUAGCCAAGAGGAGGAGCUGGACGUGUGGCAUCUUCUUCGAGGGGGUCUUCUAGUUGGGACGAUGAAAAGGCGACAGAAGAGGAAACACCUGGAAAAUGAAGAGUCCCAGGAGACUGCGGAGAAAGGAGGAGGAAUCUCAAAAUCACAAGAGGAUCCCCCUCAGCUAGGAUGCACUGCAGUGGCCCAAGUCUGCCCCCAAGGGUCAGGGGAGGUCUCUUCUGCCUCUGAAUACUUCUCCUGUGUUUCUUCUCCACGCAAGCUCAUCCAUGGUGGAAUCUGGAAGUUGCAUCGAGACAGUCCCCAGCCUAGAGCACCCCUAGCCCAUCUUCAAGAACAAGGGGAGAUGGCUCCCCUGUCACCACGUGUCUCCUCCUCCCCUUCAUCCUACAAGACCUGCGCAACCUCUCUGCAUAUGAACAAAGAGAAGAGGGGCAUGAAAAUAUACUACAUGCAGGUACAAAUGAAAAAGGGUGUUGCUGUCUCCUGGGAGGCAGAGAGACCCUCGGAGUCGCUAGAAAAGCAGCCGAGGAUGGAGGAAGUGACCCUUCCUGAGGACGUGCGGGUGGGGACUCCCCCCUCGGACGUGUCCACCAGAAACCUCCUGUCUGACAGCGAGCCUAGCGGGGAGGAGAGAGAGCACGAGGAGAGGGCUGAGGCGGACAGCCCCGCCCCAGGGUCGCCCACUGUUGAGGAGAGACCCCGGGCCCGGACACCCGACUGGCUGGUGACCAUGGAGACCGGCUUCCGCUGCAUGGCCUGCUGCCGGGUCUUCCCCAGCCUGGAGGUCCUGCAGGAGCAUGUGCAGAAUGGCAUCCGCGAGGGCUUCAGCUGCCACGUCUUUCAUCUCACCAUGGCCCAGCUGACAGGCAAGGCAGAAUCGGAGAACACCCCUGAGGAGGAGGUGGAGGACGAGGACGAGGACGAGGACGGGGAAGACGAGAAGCAGGAGGAAAAGGAAAAGGAGGAGCAGCAGCCUGCGGGGGAAGAUGUCAGCUUGAGGAGACCCUGGAGCCAGUGUCCGGGCUGUGUGUUCCAUUCUCCCAAGGACCGGAACAACUGAUAAUUCAUGGGCCAGAAGAUCCUGGAAGAUGGCGUGGCCUUCUCUCGGAAGAGAGAGAAGAAAGGACCCUGGAGAGAGUAGCAGACAGAAUGCCAGUGGUCCGAAGGAGGAUGAAGGGGCUGGCAUUGAGUCCAACAUCAUAUGACAGUAUAAACAUGAUAUGUAAUAAAGGGUAUUUCCCAAAC